AUGGUUCGAAAAUUAAAGUUUCAUGAACAAAAACUUCUUAAAAAGGUAGACUUUAUAUCAUGGAAAGUAGACAAUAAUCUAAAUGAAGUGAAAGUGAUGAAAAAAUUUCAUAUUCAAAAACGUGAAGAUUAUACAAAAUACAAUAAGUUGUCAAGAGAAAUCCGUGAUCUAGCAAAUAAGAUUAAAGAAUUGGAUGCCAGCAGCGAGUUCCGAACUGAAUCUAGUGCUCAGUUAUUAGAGAAACUGUAUCAGAUGGGUCUUAUCCCAACGAGAUGGGACCUAGCCUUAGCAGCUAAUGUAAAUGCUAGUGCCUUUUGUAGGAGGAGGCUCCCUACUGUUAUGGUUAGAAAUAAAAUGUCUGAAAACAUGAAAGAAGCAACAAAGUUUAUAGAGCAAGGCCAUGUCCGGGUUGGACCCGAGGUUGUGAAGGACCCAGCGUUCCUUGUCAAUCGUUCUCUGGAGGACUUUGUCACAUGGGUUGAUGGAUCAGCCAUUAGAAGACAUGUCAUGGAAUAUAAUGAUUUGCGGGACGACUUCGAAAUGUUAUAG